AUAUAACCAAAAUUUCUUACAAACAUAAGUUGAAUCCAAAAGAAUAUGCUAAUUUAUCUUUGAGACAAACUUUACAUCAAGUGACAUUUUUAUUGAAAAAAUCUAACCCUUACCACUCAAUAUCAAUAACAUUAAACGAAGGGAGUGACAGAGAUGUUCAAACAGCGUGAGGGUCUGAGCCUCUGAGGGACUAUAUGUUCUUCAUCACCAACUUGACGCGCACACAGCAAAAAUGGCGAAUUGGAAAAGAAGGAAAAGAAAAAAGAGCAUCAAUUGCUAAAGAUCAUAAUGUGUGUGUGCUUUUGUUAAUGUACUACAAUAUAAAUCAUGAAAUCAACUAAUAAAAGGUUUCAUACCCGAAUUUGACGGAGCUCAUGGAUAGUCUUGGCAUUGAUAUAGUGGCAUCUGACAUGUCAUUUUCGGUGAGUUUAAACAAAGGCCAGGGAUGUGAGUGGGGGAACCGAAAUGGGCUAAGAAGUUUGUAUGCUCAGAAGAGUAAUGCAUUGAAGCCUAGCUAUUGGGGGAUGCUUCAAGAAAUCAAGAAGUUCGAAGAUGAUGUGAUCUUGUACCUCGAAGGACUUGAGAGCAACCCAGACAUGGAUCGUACUGAAACUCUUAGUCAUUUCAUUGAGACAAGAAACUUCUCUGAUUUGUUCCAAAAGGGUUAUCUGGUUCCAAUGUGUGCUUCCAUCUGGUCUUGUUCAGCAGAGAAAGUGAUGGAAUUUUCUGCCUUUUCUGUUCUUUCCUAUUGCCGCAACCAUCACUUGCUUCAGUUGUCUGGGUGUCCACAGUGGCUUAUUGUCAGAGGAGGCUUUCAGCAUUAUGUGAAUAAGCUGAGAGAGGAGCUGGAGGUUAGGGGGUGCCAAAUAAAAAAUAACUGUGAGGUGCCUUCUGUCUAUACAGACGAUAGAGGUUGUACAUUAGUUUUUGGUGAUGGUUCAGAAGAUGCAUAUGAUGGAUGCAUUCUAGCUGUUCCUGCCCCAGAUGCCAUAAAGAUAUUAGGAAAAGAAGCUACACAUGAUGAAUUGAGAAUACUUGGGGCUUUUCAAUACAUAUACAGUGAUUUAUAUCUUCAUCAUGACAAAAGUUUCAUGCCCCAAAAUUCUGCUACCUGGAGUGCAUUGAAUUUCAUGGAGACCACAGAUAAUAAUAUGUGUUUGACAUACUGGCUAAAUGUGCUUCUGAAUAUUCCCAAGACAAAACAACAUCUGCUUGUGACAUGUAAUCCACCUCAUCUGCCGAAGGAGUUUUUGCUUAAAUGGUCAACUGGCCAAUACGUACCCUCUGUUGCUGCACUAAGAGCUUCAUUUGAGCUUGGUAACAUUCAAGGAAAAAGAGGAAUUUGGUUCUGUGGAGCAUAUCAUGGCUAUGGUUUUCAUGAGGACGGAUUGAAGGCUGGCUUAGUUGCUGCACAUGCCAUCUUAAAAAGGAGCUUCACUCCUCUCACAAACCCAAAACAGAUGAUACUAUCUUGGACAGAAGCCGCAGCUCGCCGUUUUUUAAUCAAAUUCCUUGAGGGUUUUAUAUCUGUUGGCUGCAUAAUUUUGUUGGAGGAGGGAGGAGCUGUUCUAACCUUUGUGGGCUCUGACAAAAGAUAUGCUUGGAAAACUGUGCUAAGAGUGCAUAAUCCUCUGUUUUACUGGAAGGUUGCUACAGAAGCCGACUUUGGCUUUGCGGAUGCAUAUAUUAAUGGAGACAUCUCAUUUGUUGAUAAGGAUGAAGGGCUCCUGAAUCUUUUCAGGAUAAUUCUAGCCAACCAAUAUCUAUCUCCUUCUGCCGCGGUGGCUGAUAAAAAGAGCCUUGACUUCAAGGGUUGGUGGACACCAAUGCUUUUCACUGCUGGGAUAGCCUCUGCAAAAUAUUUUUACAAACAUGUCUGCCGAAGAAACACAGUUACAGCAGCUCGCCAGAAUAUUGCUCGCCAUUAUGACUUGAGUAACGAGAUGUUUUCACUCUUUCUGGACGAGACAAUGACGUAUUCUUGUGCCAUCUUUAAGUCCGAAAACGAAGACCUAAAGGUUGCACAACUUAGAAAACUCCAUCUUCUAAUAGAAAAGGCUAGAGUAGAGCAGCACCACGAGGUCCUUGAUAUUGGCUGUGGUUGGGGUAGUCUCGCUAUUGAAAUUGUAAGAAAAACCGGAUGCAAAUACACUGGCAUUACACUUGCCGAAGAACAACUAAAAUUGGCGGAACAAAGAGUCAAGGAAGCUGGCCUACAGGAUAACAUACAGUUUCUUCUCUGUGAUUAUCGUCAAUUACCAACUGCCUGCAAAUAUGAUAGAAUCAUCUCUUGUGGGAUGAUAGAGCAUGUCGGUCAUGAAUACUAUGAGGAUUUUUUUCGCACUUGUGAAUCCGUUUUGGCAGACAACGGCCUACUUGUUCUUCAGUUUAUAUCAGUACCAGAUGAACUGUAUGAUGGAUUCAGAAGAAGCUCAGGAUUUGUCUAUGAAUAUAUUUUUCCGGGUGGAUGCUUACCUUCCUUAAGCCGAAUAACAUCAGCAAUGGUUUCUGCAUCUAGACUAUGUGUUGAGCAUGUGGAGAACAUUGGAAUACAUUAUGGUCAAACACUAAGAUGCUGGAGGAAAAAUUUUCUGGAAAACCACAGCAAAAUCCGUUCACUUGGCUUUGAUGAGAAGUUUAUGCGAGCAUGGGAAUACUACUUUGACUACACGGCAUCUGCAUUUAAGACACGGGCAUUAGGGGAUUACCAGAUCGUUUUCUCACGACUAGGAAAUCUUGUUGCGUUCAGUGAUCCCUACGAAACAAUAUCCUCCUCUUGUUGUUCUCUGUAAUAUCACAUUGACUGCAAACUGAUGCACUAAGCAGUGCUGCCAUUCUUUCUUCUGUAACGUACUGACGGUUGUGGAACUCCUUUUCUAUUUCAUGUGUUUGUGUUGCUUGGAAGUUGGAACUGUUUUAGCAUUAAAAAGGCCAUCGGUAUUGAGCUGUUGAGAGAUUAUUUUUAUAAAAUAAUCCGUCUUUUACUUGUAUGGUGCUUGUGUAUUUACAAUCUAUCUAUGCAUGUGCUUAUGUGGAUUUGUAUAAUGUAAGACAGCCUAUUGGCCCGUAAAUGAAGUUAUGAACUUAACCUUUA